UAUUACGCAAAACGAUAGAAUUGUAACACAUAUAAGUAAAUCGAAAGUUUCACUAGUGCUUCACUUUUCAAAAUACGAGGUCCGCAAGAGGUCUGAACAAAACAAAACUAUUACUUCUGAUGAUGGGUCUACUACAAUUCGCAACUGCCUUGCUGGUGACGGCGCAGCUUGCCACAUCACAGCCUGUACCCACCACCCCUGCGUACAAUAUCACGAGCGCCUUUACUCUCGCGGAGGAGAUGGGCUGGGACUUUGGCAAUGCUCAAGUCGAGAACUUCACAGAGGAAGCUGUUCCUUAUACACUCCCUGAUGGCUCAACUGCCAACGGUAUCCUAGUCACACCCACCGAUGGAGUCACUACUGGAAAAGUGGUAGUGAUCCUAUCCGACUGGGACGGUGUAGGCAGCUUCGAGGUAGCUAAUGCAGUCCGUUUGGCUGGGUUGGGCAAUGCUGCCUUUGUUGCCGACACGUAUGGUUCGGAUCAGGUACAGGGUGAGAAUGCGAACCUCACCAAUGAAGAAAAGGGGGGGCUCGCUGGAGCGUUGAGAUCUAACGCGACAAAUUACAGAGGCGUCAUAUCUGCGGCGAUCCAGGCUGCGCAAUCGACAGAGAACGCACCGUAUGAAGAUGUUGCUAUCUUUGGGUAUUGUCUAGGUGGUGGUGGUGUCAUGGAGUACGCCCGAAGUGACCCAGCAACGAUUGAGGCGGAAGCCGUCAGUCUGAUGGUAGCCUUCCAUCCAGGUAGCACUUCGUCGUCAGAUUAUUCAAUGAUAGCCACUACGGCCGAGAACAACUUCACGUCUACACUUCUACUGAACCAAGGUACUGCAGAUGCGAAUGCGGUCAGCUCUGAUCAAAUGUCUACUGUCAUGUCUGAAUUAGACGGAGCUGCGUCCUGGUUGAAUUCGUCCACCACAUACUUUACUGAUGCCCAGCAUGGCUUCACCCAGCCAGGUGAUAGCUACAAUGCAUUCGCCGCCGAGAUGAGUUGGCAGAAUGCCAUCUACGCACUCGACCCCAAUGCGACAGUUGAGGUAGAGGUAGAAACAGUUACUGUUACUUUCUAUCCGGUAGCGACCCAACAAAACAUUGUCAGCGUGGAUGUAGAGAUAACAGACACUGAGAUCGUCCAGGAAAGUCUGACUGUCACCUUGUUCGAACAGGAGACGGAAGAAUUAACUGUGACACUGAUCGAAGAGGAGAUUCAGAAUGUUGUAGUAGAGAACGAGGUAUCGGUGGAUGUAACAAACACAAACUUGGUUUCGGAAGAGCUGACAGUGACAUUAGUUGAACAGGAGACUCAGAAUGUUGUAAUAGAGAAUGAGGUGUCGGUGGAUGUAACAAACACAAACUUAGUGUCGGAAGCGGUGACAGUGACAAAUGAGGUAUCGGCGGAGGUAACAGACACAAACUUGGUUUCGGAAGAGUUGACAGUAACAUUCAUCGAACAGGAGACGCAGAAUGUUGUAGUAGAGAAUGAGGUAUCGGUGGAUGUAACAAACACAAAUUUGGUUUCGGAAGAGUUGACAGUAACUUUUAUCGAACAGGAGACGCAGAAUGUUGUAGUAGAGAAUGAGGUAUCGAUGGAUGUAACAGACACAAACUUGGUUUCGGAAGAGUUGACAGUAACAUUCACCGAGCAGGAGACACAGGAUGUUAUAGUCGAGAACGAGGUAGUGGUGGAUGUGACAGACACCAACUUAGUUUCGGAAGAAUUGACAGUAACAUUUAUAGACCAGGAAACAGUUGUUGAGCAGGUCAGCUUGGAAGAACAACUCGUAACAGAAGUUAAGACUUCCGUGCAGACUCAGGUUGCAACUCAGACUCAGGUUGCAACACAGACUCAGGUUGCAACACAAAUACAGGCUGCCGCUGAGACAGAGACGGACACCAGUUUAAUGGGUAUCAAGCCACUUGACCGGAAGUAAGGUUCCAAACAAGGGGCUUCUAUUCACAACUAUUAAAAGAGAACAAUAAAUAAGGACAAUUUACAUUGCUCACAGAAAUAUUUUCAAUACAAA